AUUUCUUGAAACUUGAUCCUCUAGAAGCCUCUCUUCAUGCUUUGGAAAAUACAAAUCAGCAGAGCACAUUCCUAACAGCCUUUUUUCAUCAACCAUUUACUGACAGCAAGCAGAGACUUUGCUUUAUUCAACCUACCUUGGGGUUAGGCUCCUUUGGGGGACCCAAGCCUACUUCCAAAAUGAAGUUCUGGGUCAUAUUCAUCUUGAUUCUUGUCCACGAAGCUCUACAAAAUGUGCAUGGUCAAGCGUCUGCUAAGGCUAAGCGUCCAAAAGAACCAGCGGAAAAUAAAAUCAAACCUGCCAGCAAGAAAAUCAAACCAAAAAUUACCAAAUUGAAGGAUUCAACAGAUAGCGGACCCAAGACACAAUCUAUUAUGAUCCAGGUAAUGGACAAGGGCCGCUUCCAAAAGCCUGCAGCAAUGCUAAGCAUGACUGCAGGACAAAACAUGGAACUAAGAUGUAAGGGGGACAAGAUUACAUGGAGCUAUCCUACUUAUCUGGACACAUUCAAGGACUCCAGACUAAGCAUUAAGCAACAGGAUAGAUAUGGGCAGCUGAUUCUGCUGAACAGCUCUGCGGCAGACACCGGAGAGUUUAGAUGCUGGGCCCAAGUGUGCGACAGUUAUAGCUGCAAGAAGGAUGAAUCAAAGCAAGGAUCUACCUACGUGUUCUUUACAGAUAAAGGAGAACUAUUUGUUCCCUCUUCCAGUUAUUUUGAGAUUGUCUACUUGAAUCCGGAUAAACCUGCAAUAAUUCCAUGCAGAGUGACCAUCCCAUCAGCCAAAGUCACACUCCACAGAGAGUUCCCAGCAGAGGAAAUAAAGGCAGAUGGCACAGAUGUGAAGUAUGAUGUGAUGAAAGGAUUUGUUUACCAACAUCCUCGGGCUAACCAAAGUGGAGUGGUAUACUGUCGGGCAGAAUCCAGAGGAGCACCACAAAUAUCAAUUAAAUACCAAUUACUCUAUGUGGAAGUCCCUAGUGGUCCACCCUCUGCAACGCUCACAGCCUCUUCCAACAAGGUCCGAAGUGGGGGUGACUUUAGCAUCUUCUGCACUGUUCUUGGGGAGCCCGACGUGGAAGUUGAAUUCACAUGGAUUUACCCAGGCCAAGAGUACCAAAGACCAGUUGCUAUUAAGGAUUCUUGGAGGCUGGUGAAUCGUGGCAUUGGACAUACCACACGAAUCUCGAAGAGCAUCAUAUCAGUUGAAGAUUUUGAAACAAUCGACGCAGGAAACUAUAUUUGCAAAGCACAAAACCUCAGAGGACAAACCACACUAAUUACAAGAGUGGACAGAUUUUAAAACCCUAAUUAUUUCCCCCCACACCACAAAAGUGUUAAUGGCAAAACUUUAAGAUCCCUUCUGGGAAGGCCAAGAGAUGAAAAAGCAGGCAAUACCAACAGAGCCACACUUAAUCUAUACCACAAGCCCACGUUCUGCAUUCUACACCAGCCCCCCCAGAUGCAGAGCAUGCUGUGCUAAUAAGCUUGUGAUAAGCAAUAUCAUCAUGUUAAUAAUAAUCAAGAGGUAUAUCAGUUAGGCCUGAUUGUUUCUGAUGGCAAUAAUUACUUGUAAUGAAAUGCUUGUAAGCUAAAGAGGAAAAAAAAAAAAGAAUUAUUGUCUGCAUUCAAAUACUUUACAAUGUAUUUUAUUUAUCCAUGCUACAUAUUACAAAAAAAAAGCAGUAAAAAUCUUUAUUCUUUACCAUACUAUGGUUUUAACAAUGUUACAAUUUCCCUCAUCAUAUAGAAAACCUAAGUACAUCUGGUGGCAACUAUAGCCCUAUAGAAUGUAAAAUAUGCCAAAUCAGAAUCCUUAUUUUCAUAAAAGGAAAAAUGCAUUUAUUUGGUUGUAAUUUUAACGCUUUUGUAAUAUGUGUAAUGUAUCUUACUACCUGCUUGAAACUGUAUACAAUCUGUAAAAUGUUUCUAUAAAUUUGACAACAUAUCUCUCAGCAGUCUAUUGAUUGCAGGAUAUUAUUUAUAAAGUGUCAUAUACAUGGGA